UCUUUAGGGUUGCUCUAAUCAGCCCCCCCAAAAAAAACCAACCCUUUUUUCCUACGUUACAUUAUUGUUUAAUCAUAUUAUAAAGGGGUUGGUUUUUGUUCUUGAUUGUUAGAUCUUAUUAAUUAAUUAAUAAUCGUUUGUUUUAAUUUUAAUUUUAAUUUAUUCAUCAUGAGUGAUGAUAAAAAGUACAUUACAUCGGAGGAAUUGAAGAAACAUGACAAACAAGAUGAUUUAUGGAUUUCAAUUCAAGGAAAAUGUUACAAUGUUACAGAUUGGGUGAAAGAUCAUCCAGGUGGCGAUAUUCCGAUUCGUAGUUUGGCUGGACAAGAAGCUACUGAUGCAUUCAUUGCUUUUCAUCCAGGUACUGCUUGGAAAUAUCUUGACAAGUUUUUCACCGGAUAUCAUCUAAAAGAUUACGAGGUAACAGAGGUGUCUAAAGAUUACAGGAAACUCUGUUCUGAAUUUUCGAAAGCAGGGAUGUUUGAAAAAAAGGGGCAUGGGGUGAUUUAUUCCUUCUGUUUUGUGACAUUGUUAAUGUCAUUGAGUUUCUGUGGUGUUUUGUUGAGCCAAAAUUUCUUGGUUCAUAUGCUUUCUGCUGCAUUAUUGGGAUUAGCUUGGAUGCAAAUAUCUUAUUUGGGACAUGAUUCGGGUCAUUACGUGAUGAUGACAAAUCGGGGAUUCAACAAAUUGGCACAGAUUCUUACAGGAAAUUGUCUUACUGGGAUAAGUAUUGCUUGGUGGAAAUGGACACAUAACGCUCAUCAUGUCGCGUGUAAUAGCCUUGAUCACGACCCUGAUCUACAACAUUUGCCAGUGUUUGCAGUUUCUACAAAGUUUUUCAAAUCAUUGAACUCUAGUUUUUAUGGAAGAGAGCUGACUUUUGAUUCAGUUGCAAAAUUCUUUGUGAGUUAUCAACAUUUUACGUAUUACCCUAUAAUGUGCGUAGCAAGAGUGAAUCUCUUUGUUCAAACAUUCUUGUUAUUGUUUUCGACAAGGAAAGUACCAGACAGAGCUUUGAACAUAUUGGGAAUACUUGUUUUCUGGACUUGGUUUCCUCUUCUUGUUAGUACAUUACCUAAUUGGACUGAGAGGUUCUUGUUUGUGCUUUUAAGUUUCUGUGUUACAUCACUACAACAUAUUCAAUUCACUCUUAAUCAUUUCGCGGCUGAUGUAUACGUUGGACAGCCAGAAGGGAACGAUUGGUUUGAGAAACAAACAAGUGGUACUAUCGAUAUCGCGUGUGUUUCAUGGAUGGAUUGGUUCUAUGGAGGAUUACAAUUUCAACUUGAACAUCAUUUGUUUCCAAGGUUGCCUAGAUGCCAUUUGAGGAAAGUGUCACCAAUUGUACAAGAUUUGUGCAAAAAACAUAAGUUGCCAUAUAGGAGUUUGUCAUUUUAUGAGGCUAAUGUUUGGACAUUAAGGACUUUAAAGACAGCAGCAAUGCAAGCCAGGGGUCUUCUUUGGGAAGCUGUUAAUACUCAUGGUUAAU